GCAGGCGCUUGUUUCUUUGCGCCCUGCGAACGACCGGCGACCAGUUCAGGGUGUGGCCCCGCUUCUCGCCCAAUGACAGCCGUGAUAUGUUCCAGUAGGCUUCCUGUAUUUAUUAUGAUUAGCAGUUUGUGUUGUUUUGCUAACAAUUACACGUGUGGCGAGCCAGGUGCGUCCAACCGCAAGGCCACGCCCACUGGGGGGGGGGGAACUCCCGUACUGGGAAGCAGGAGAGCUUCUUCUUCGUCGUCUUCUUCUUCUUCUUCUUCUUCUUCUCUUUCUUCUUGUUGUUGUUGAGUUGAAGUUCGCCGGGGCGCGAGUUCGAAAGCGGAGCCGUUUUGGGCUACUUUUCAGCAUGUCCCAGCAACAACUCGAGAGCACUCCGCCAGCGGCUCGAGCGGGGCUGUAAGGACAACUUUCCGCUGGGAGGGACGCAGAAAGAAAGGAGGGAGGGGGAGGAAAGUGUCGUCGUCUCGGCGCCGUCAACAAACAUGGCUACUCGUCGUGUAGCACCGACCGAACCGAACCGGGUCACCCCCUCCUUCGUCUUCUCCUUGUCGCCGAAAUAGCUCGGAAAGCGUCUCGCGGAAGGAUUUGAUUAGCUUGCGCGAAGCCAAGGUGGCGCCGGCCGAGGAGGAGGAGGAGGAGGAGGUCGCGGGGCGCCAUGGAUCCGCGGCACAGGGACUUUCUGGAGAAGUGUCACCGCAACUUGGCCGAGUCCGUCACCGACGCCGACCAGCUCGUGGAGGUUCUGUCCCGGGGCGGGACGCUGAGCCCGGCCGAGCGCCACGAACUGGCCCGCGGCGCGGGCGGCAGGGAGAAAGUGGAACUCCUCGUCAAGAUCCUGCUCCGGAAGGACCGGGACCACUUCGCCGACUUCUGCUCGGCCCUGGAGGAGACCAACCCUCACCUGCGCGCGGUCCUGCUCGCCGGGCCCGGGAUGCCAAGCGCCGGGUCCACCUACAGCGUCUUGUCCGCCAUGCCGUCGGACUCUGAGAGCAGCGGCUCUCUCAGCAGCGUGGGUACGGCCACUCCGGCCUCCUCGCCGCCGCCGGCCCACGUGGACGGUCACCAGCUCAACGAGAAGAUGGAGGGCGUCCUGUUGCAGCUCCGCCACGUUUCCCGGGAGCGCGACGAGCUACGCAAGCGGCUGGCGCUCUCCUCGCCCGGCAGUACCUUCGACGACUGCAGGCCCGACUCCAGAGCGGGUCACGACUACGAGCGUCUGAAGCUGCAGUGCAUGAAGGCCAUGGCCGAGCUGCAGUCGCUGCAGAACCAGCACAGCGGGACCCUCAAGAGGUGCGAGGAGGCCGUCAAGAAGGCCGACUUCUACCACACGCUGCACAGCCGCCUGGCCGCCGAGCACGGCCAGCUGAAGGACGAGCUGGAGGCGCUGAGGCUGGACAACGCGGGGCUGAUCCGCGAGCACGAACACGCCAAGCGCACUUGCGAGGAACUGCGGAGGCUGCGCGAGCACGACCGGCGAGAGGCGGCUGACGUGCGCGCGCUGCACCAGCAGGUGAUCCGGGAGGGCUCGUCGGACGCCCUGCACAAGCUGUACGACUCUGCCGUGGACAAACUGGAGAGCGUGCGGUGCGACUACGAGGGUCUGCGGAAGCUCUACGAGGACGCGACGGCCGGUCGCAACGCCGACCUGAGUCGCCUGGAGCGCGCCGAGGACGAGAAGCGGCGCCUCCAGAAGCAGCUGGACGUGCUGAUGAAGCAGCGGGACGCCGCCAUCCACUACCAGCAACAGUACUCGUCGUCCGUACGCAGGUUGGACCAGCAGGAGCUGACCAAGGCGGCCGCCCACAACGUGGAGCUGCAGCGCGAGAUGGAGCGGCUGCAGUCGGAGGCCACGCGCUCCAAAACGCAGCAGCUCAAAGCGGCCAAGGAUUGCGAGAAGUACAAGGAGGAGCGCGACUCGGUCAUGGGCGAGUACCGUCUGAUCAUGAGCGAGCGCGACCAGGUGAUCAAGGAGGUGGAGCGGCUUCAGACCGGGCUGGAGCUGGCCCAGGCCAAGCUGAAGAACACGUCCUCGGAGCGGCGGGUGGCCAGCGAGGAGCUGGAGGCUCUCCGACAGGAGCUGUCGUCGUCGCUGAUGGAGCGCGACCGUGCGGUGUGCGAGAAGAGCGAACUUCUGGAGAAGUACUGCCACGAGGUCAAGGACAAGGCGGAGGCGCAGAAGGAGCUGAACCAGGCCUGCAAGGACGUGGAGACGGUCCGCGAGGAGCGAGACGUGGCCCGCAAGGAGAGGACCGAGGCCAUCAUCCAGCGGGACCAGCUGCUGCGAGAGUAUUACCAGGCCAGACAGAAACAAGACUCGGCCUCUCUGGACGUGGAACGGGCCAACAAGGAGAUGGAGACGCUCCGGAAACAAUACGAGGCCGUCGGCCAGGAGCUGAAGGAGGCGCUGCAGGAGGCCGAAGUGGCCAAGUGUCGCCGGGACUGGGCCUUCCAGGAGCGGGACAAGAUCGUGGGGGAGAGAGAAAGCGUCCGCACCUUGUGCGACAACCUGAGGCGCGAGAGGGACAGAGCCGUCAGCGAUCUGGCGGACGCGCUGAGGAAUCUGGACGACACCAGGAAGCAGAAGAACGACGUCGUGCGAGAGCUCAAGGAGCUCAAGGAAAAGAUGGAGGACCAAUUGGAAAAGGAGGCGCGGUUCCGCCAGCUCAUGGCUCACAGUUCGCACGACUCCGCCAUCGACAUGGACUCGGUCGAAUGGGAGACGGAAGUUGUCGAGUUUGAUAAGUGCUGGGACAUGGAUUUGAACGCGCUUGGCUUUGAUAUCGCAGAGGGGCUAAAUGAUCCUUAUUUACCGGGAGAUUGUGGCGUGUUUAUCAGUAAGGUGGACAAAGGAAGUCUUGCAGAGGGACGAUUAAGGGUGAACGACUGGCUGCUGAAGAUCAACAACGUGGACCUGACCAGCAAGGACAGGAAGCAGGCCAUCAAAGCGGUGCUGAGCGGCCAGGGCGUGAUCAACAUGGUGGUCCGCCGCAGGAAGUCGCUCGGGGGACGGGUCGCCACUCCCGUCCAGAUAAACCUCGCCGGACACAAAGACUGCGGCAUCUGCCUGGAAAGUGGAGUGUUUGUCGCUUCGCUGGCGCCUGGCAGUCCGGCAGCCAGAGACAAUGCGCUCACAGUUGGGGACAGGCUGCUAGCUAUUAACGGCGUCUCUGUGGAUACCAAGUCGCUGCCCGAAUGUGACGCCCUGCUGAGGACGUGUCGGGAGUCGCUCUGCAUCUCCCUCGCCAGGUUCUUUCCUCAGAGCUGCUCCGGCCACGGUUUAUACGACAGUCUGAGAGACUCUGAGAAAGUCUCCAAAAACUGCGGCAACUCCAAGCACAACUGUCCCACGCAGGCCGACGGCUGCGCCUGCGAGAUGAGGUGCCGAUUUGGCGGCGGCGGGGACGUCGACGGAGCACCCGGCGAGGCCGAGCUUCGUUGUCACCACGUGCCCGACGACUUCCUGCACUCGCGUAGCCCCUCGGAACCCCUGGCGGAGUUCUCUUACGGGAGGCAGGACUUCCACCGUCGGCCGUUCACCUUCACGCCCGUGCACCCCGACUGCGGCCCUCCUUCGGAGAAGGCCGGCGGAGGCACGUGGCCCAAAGUCAUCGCGGGACCGUCCGUCCCGGAGUGUGCGCAGCUUUCCAUCUACAAGAGAUCCAAGCAACGCAAGUCCAUCUUUGACACGAAUACAUUCAGGAGACCGGAAGCUCCGGCAAAACUGGACUACGUGCCGCUUUCUCAGCUGCCCAAAGACUCCCCGCAGAGCUCGCUGGGCGAAUCCUCUCAAGCUCCGCCCACCCCGCCGGCCAGGAGCGACUCGUUCAGAUUCAAACACUCGCAGCAGAACAGCUCGGCGUCAGACUCCGCCAUCCCGGCCGAGCCGAGCCGAGGGAGCAGUCCCGUGGUGGAAAGCGAAUGCGCGAAGCUGCUCUACUACACGGCGGAAGCGGCGCAGCGAGAGUCCAAGUUGCUGGCGGACGACGACGGGAGUCAACGGUGUCUACAACCGGAGAAGAGAAGGUACCGGCCCAAAUCGGCGCCGGCGCUGCGGCGGAACGUGACGCCGUUGCACAUCCCGGUUCCCAUGCAGGUUCAUAAUUUCUCAAAUGACGAGCACUCGCCCGAGCCGAUGGAUCUGUUGCGCUUCUCGCCGAUGCGAAAUAAUCGCUACAGCAUGCACUUUGGGCCCCCCAGCUACAGCAGCGGCGUCGCACACCCGGUGCAGCGAGGCUUAGCGAAGACCGCCGUGAUGAGGAACCCGGUCUACGCCGCCUGGAGUCACGAAGUGCAGACCGCCAACAGCCUGCCGGGCCCCAGCUCCGGCGUCCUCGCGCAUUCCCGUGCAAACCCCCAGCAUCACGGUCGCCACAGUGUGGACCUCAACCACAAGCUCGCCGGGGACGUUGGAGACUCCAGCCGAGUACCUCACGGCACCAAUUCCCUCCCCUCCGGGUCCAGACUGGGCUCCCUGAGCGCGUUCCAGUUCCGGGCCGAGCGCAUUAGGAUUCCAGUGACUCGGUAUCCGGGCUCCGCCGGAUGGGAUCGAGGGUCCCGCUCCCGUUCGGAGUGCAGCUCCCCGACGACGCCUCCCGAGUCCCCCGUCGGCCCGGACGCGUUGCCCUUUUCCGGCAACCAAUCGGCGAGCUCCGUCUCCACGCGGCUCAGGAUAUCCGUCAGCCCCGCGGCGACCGGCGACGGCCGCAAGGACGGGCCGUAUUUGGAGGAGCCUCGCAACGUGACGGUGCAGAAAGGAGCCGAGCCGCUGGGCAUCUCCAUCGUGAGCGGCGACAACGGCGGAGUGUUUGUGUCCAAAGUCACGGCAGGAAGCAUCGCUCACCAAGCGCGUUUGGAGUUCGGCGAUCAGCUGUUGGAGUUCAAUGGGAUCAACCUGCGGAACGCAAACGAGCAGCAGGCGCGCUUGGUGAUCGGGCAACAGUGCGACACGGUCACCAUUUUGGCUCAGUACAACCCGCACAUGUUUCAGCUGGGCAAUCACUCUCGAUCCAGCUCUCGCAUGGAGUCCAUCGGCAACCAGCCGACCCGGCACGACAGCGGCGCCGCCACCCCGGACGACAGCUCCGCGGGCGACGCCCUCAGCGAGCAGGACGAGGGCACCGUGACGCCGCCGUCCGAGCAGACCACCCCCGCCGCCAGCCCUCACAGGCUUCCCGUUGUUGGUCUGCGUCGCACUGCGGAGUCGCGACUGGUGAGACUGAAGAGGAUCCAGGCGGAAUUGGGAGUCCAAAUAUGCGGAGGCAACCUGUACGGUGUCUUUGUGGAGUCUCUGGAUGAAGACAGUCCUGCCAAAAGUGCUGAGGGCCUGCUGCCUGGGGACCUGAUCCUGGAGUACAACGGCGUCAGCAUGAAGAACAAAACCAAAGAGGAGGCCUACCUGGAAUUGUUAAAGCCCGCCGAAACGGUCACGUUCAAAGUGCAAAACCGCUUGGACGAACUCGCUGCCGUCAAAGAGAAGCCCGGAGAUGGAAUUUUCAUCAGGUCGUUGUACGAGAGGGUGGCCGAAUCGGAGCAAGAGCUGAGCUUCAACAAAGACGACAUCCUGUACGUGGAGGACACGUUGCCCAACGGCAACUUCGGCUACUGGACGGCGUGGCACCUCGACGAGAAGGGGCAGAAGUUGGAGAAAGGCCAGAUUCCGAGCAAAUUCAUGGUGGACCAGGAGUUCUACAGGAGACACGGCACGAGCGACACGAAAGACGACGGCAGCGGGGGCAAAAGCUUGUCGGCCGCCGCCCGGCGCUCCUUCUUCCGCCGGAGGCUCAAGCACAAGCGCAGCGGAUCCAAGGACGGGAAGGACCUGAUGGCGUCCGAAACCGUGAUGUCCGACUACUUGCCCAUCACAGAAGAUGGCGUCAGCUUCAUGUACCAGCGGGUCCAGAAGGUGGAGUGCUCGGCCCCCAGACCGGUGCUGAUCCUGGGUCCGCUGGCCGAGACCAGUAAGGACAUGCUGGUCAACGAGGCGCCCGCCAAGUUCAGUCGCUGUCUGCCGGAAGUCAUGAAAGCGUCCCAGCAGGCCAUCGAGCGAGGCGUGAAGGACUGCGUGUUCAUCGACUACAAGCGACGCAGCGGCCAUUUUGACGUCACCACUGUGGCCUCCAUCAAGGAGAUCACGGAGAAGGACGCCAAGCACUGCUUGCUUGACAUCGCCGCGCACGCCAUCGAACGCCUGCACAGCGUUCACAUCUACCCAAUCGUCAUUUUCAUUCGCUACAAAAAUGCCAAGCAGAUCAAAGAGCAGAAGGAUCCGACGUACCUGCGGGAUAAACUCUCCCAGAAGCUGUCCAAGGAGCACUUUGAGGCGGCCCAGAAGACGGAGCAGGACUACGGACGCUUCUUCACAGGUGUCGUCCAAGGCGGCAGCGUCUCCUUCAUUUGCACUCAGAUCGUCACCAUCGUGGAGCAGGAACAGAAUAAAGUUCUGUGGAUCCCCGACGGAGUCCAGUAGGGGGGACAAUAAAUACAAAUCUUUCUAUCUAUCUAUACUGUCUUAACUCCACAGCAGGUCAUCCUCGUCACGAACUCUUUCCGGUUCACCCGAAGCCACUGCCGUCGACGUAAUAUGCACGCUAUACAAUAGUGAUGUACUGUACUGCAGUUAGUUGUUUACACUAGUAUUUAAUACUACUUGAAUUCAUGUUUCUACUUUUAAUCACACCGUGGACCACUGUGCAAGCAGGCUCCACUUGCUAUAAUGUGUAUUUAUGUAUAUUUUUAUCAAAUCAUAAUGUAGCUAAAAUAGUAUUUGAUAUGGAGGAUGACCCCCCCCCCUCGUCAUUUCAGGCUUCACAUUAUGAUGUCAUCAUGCCAAUCUUUUCUAAUAUUUAUUACUACAAGACAUGCGAUGUCAAAAGCUAAGCAGCAGCUUUUGUGUGCGUGUGUGUCUGUUUUCUGCUUGAGUUGCCGCUUGCGUUCUGAGCGUUCAUUUUUGUUCGUUUUUGUUGUUUUUUUUUUGUUUUUUUUUCCUUGGAUAGUUUCAAAGGGACACGCCCCUCCCCGCUUUGCAGUCCUGGUUAGCCCACGCGCAUCUUCCACAAUUUCAUCUGUCUGAAUGUAAAGCCCAAAUUUCUUCACAUGAUUAAAAAGGGUAC